AUGGCACUCGUCGGCGUACAAGGCGCGUGGGGGCUCGUCUUCACGACGUUUCUGGCGUACCCGAUCGCGUACCUCGUGCCGGGCGAUGACGCCGGGUCCUACGAGCGCCUUGAUGCCACCUUCCAAGUGCUCGCGACGUCGAGAUCGAUCCAGUGGCUCGUCCUUGCGCAGCUCGUCGCGCUUUUGCUCAUGAACAUCUUUCGCAUGCUCGUGCUCUUUCAGCUCGAUGCGCUCUGGGUCUCGAUCAUGAACAACUUUCGGACAGGUGGCGUGUGGGCCGUGAACCUCGUCUUGUACCAUGCCAUCACCCACGGUGCAUUUGGCGAGGUGUGGACGCACUGGAGCUACCUCCAGCUCGUUGGGAUGCUUGUACUCUUUGUGGGCACGGCCGUCCAUGACGGCCAGUUCCACAAUCAGGCCGCCGUCGUUCAAAAGUCGAGUGUUGAGACGGUGCCAAUGACGCCGUGUGAACACACCGCUCCAUUUGCUCUUUUUCCCGAGAAAAUUGUCGUGUAG